AUGUGGUAUGUAUGUGAACUACGUACAGAUGUUUAUUGCAGACUGGCUUCGUGGAUACAGUUAAAUGCACGUCCUUUUCUACCAGUUCGACAACCGCGAACGACACUCAACGUGCACGUCAGCGCCGGGCUGUAUCAGAUUGUUGACUUGGACCAACGAAACAAUUUGGCGACAGUGUCGGCGUACUUCGACGUAUGGUGGUUGGAUGAGUACCUGGUCUGGAACGCUACUGAAUAUGACGGUCUCGCCAAGAUAUUCGUACCAAUGAAGUGGAUUUGGAAGCCAGAAUUCUAUAUGUAUCACAGUGUGUACGGUCGUGUUCCCGACUAUGCUCCGGAUGCUCCGGCGCAGAUUCAAGCCGACGGAAGAGUACGCAUGUUCGUGUCGAUCUCGUCGAAGAGCUUCUGCCCAAUCAACUUUAAACGUUUUCCGUUUGAUUCUCAAACGUGCUCAUUUUCGGUACGUUUCAUCUUUUAA